UUCACCCAUUUCUUUCCUUCUCCAGCCUUUCCCUCUCAUAGCUAUUGCCUUGCAACCAGAGCUGCAAUUUCCCCGGAAAUUUGAAUUAAUAUUUUGAAUUUCCCGGAAAAUUCACCGGCGGUCGUCCCCCUCCCCCCCUCAUCCAAUCCUUAUUCUUUGAUCGUUGACUUUCUUCUCAGGGUUUUCCAAUAUCGGAAUGACGACGAGUCAAGGCGGGGGAUCAUCGUCAAGGAGAAGCUUAUCUUUGAGCUCGCAGAUGAGGAAGAAAGCUGUCGGAGCGGGUUUCGAUAAUGGAGGCUCCGAAUCUCCUCACCGGAAAUCUCUGUCGUCUUCUCGUUCCAUGGGGCUGACCGGUGAGCGGACAGUAAAGAGAUUGAGGUUGUCGAAAGCUCUGACAGUACCUGAUACUACAAGUAUUUAUGACGCUUGCCGGCGUAUGGCCGCUCGUAGAGUUGAUGCGUUACUACUUACUGACUCAAAUGCCUUAUUGUGUGGAAUCUUGACAGAUAAGGAUAUAGCAACAAGAGUAAUUGCUCGUGAGCUUAAUCUCGAGGAGACUCCUGUUUCAAAAGUUAUGACAAGAAACCCAGUAUUUGUGCUUUCUGACACACUUGCUGUGGAGGCAUUGCAAAAGAUGGUGCAAGGAAAAUUUAGGCAUUUGCCUGUUGUGGAAAAUGGAGAAGUUAUUGCUUUACUUGAUAUAGCAAAAUGUUUGUAUGAUGCUAUUGCUCGGAUGGAAAGAGCAGCUGAGAAGGGAAAGGCAAUUGCAGCUGCUGUUGAAGGUGUUGAAAAGCACUGGGGAGCAUCUGUUUCUGGCUCUAAUACAUUCAUUGAAACAAUUCGAGAGCGGAUGUUUAGGCCCUCCCUGUCUACAAUUAUUCCUGAGAAUUCAAAGGUUGUUACAGUUGAACCAACUGAUAGUGUCCUGUUGGCAACAAAGAAGAUGCUUGAAUUGCGAACAAACUCUGCAAUUAUAACAGUUGAAAAUAAACCGAGAGGAAUUCUUACUUCAAAGGACAUCUUGAUGCGUGUUAUAGCACAAGAUCUUCCAGCUGAUUCAACUCUAGUGGAGAAGGUUAUGACACCAAAUCCAGAAUGUGCAACAGUCGAUACACCUAUUGUUGAUGCAUUGCAUACAAUGCAUGAUGGAAAAUUUUUACACCUUCCUGUUGUUGAUAGAGAUGGAAUUGUAGUUGCUGUUGUAGAUGUGCUUCAUAUUACUCAUGCAGCAGUAGCGACUGUGGGAAAUACUGCUGGAGUUAGUACAGAGGCUGCAAACACUAUGAUGCAAAAAUUUUGGGAUUCUGCCAUGGCACUUGCUCCUGAUGAUGAGGAGGAAACCCGGAGUGAGGGUUCCUUAAAGAUGGCUUCUGAUGGGGCAGACACAGGGAGAUCUCUUCCCUGUCCUUCGUCAAGCAUGCCAGGCACAUUUGCUUUCAAAAUUCAGGACAGGAAGGGAAGAAUGCAUCGGUUCAACUGUGAUACACGUAGCUUAACAGAUCUUAUAACUUCAAUUAUUCAAAGAGUGGGUGAUGACAUUGACCGCAAAAACCUUCCUCAGAUUUUGUAUGAAGAUGAAGACCAUGACAAGGUGGUACUUGCAUCAGAUAGUGAUCUUGUAGCAGCUGUGGACCAUGCAAGGUCGGCUGGUUGGAAGGGACUAAGAUUACAUUUAGCUUACUCAGGAAGACCUGGUCAUAGGAAAGGUUCUGGCUCCGUCAGUAUGGACUAUGCUCAUGAAGAUGCAUGGGCGUCAGCGUACAGUGCCGUGGCAGCUGGAGCUGCUCUAGUUGCUGGUUUAGGCGUAUUAGCAUUUUUUAGGAGAUCUGGCAAGUAACGCUUACAAGAAGUUAAGCUGCGAUGUAGAUUUUCAAAACAACGCUUAUUUUUUCAGAGCUCAGUGGCUGAGAUUUACUCGAGUUGACGGUGGCUUGCGCUGUGCAGUUGCGUCAAGUAGAUUCAUACCCAAAAGGUUGUAAUUAUUUUGCCUGCCAUACAAUUUUUGUGGGUGCCAUUGUCUGGAGCUGUGAAUUGUAAGAAAAGCUCUCAGGCUUGUUUUUGGAUUCACGAAGUUGCAAACUGGUAUUCGUGAUAAUUUUUCGAAUGCUGAGAUUGUAACCGGGAUAUAGAUGCCAGUGGCAGUGUUAAUACAGAACAAACAGCAGCUGUGUUUAUCCCGUUUUGCU